AUGUCGAAUUCAAAGAAACGUGCGGCAGAGGAUGUAGACACCACCUCGAAAAAGACCAAGAAGAAGAGAAAGGCCAGCGGCGUAGAUUCCCACGAGGAUGACUCGCUAAACACCGAUCUGGGUGACACCAGCGCCUGGAGGUCGGAUAGGACACAGGAGAAGUUGGCGACAUUCAUGGAAAAGUUCUGCCAGAAGCCAGAGUCGCUCACCAAGCCGCCUAAGAAGAAGGGGUCACCGCAUACGCUCAUCGUGGCCGGCGCAGGGCUCAGAGCCGCCGAUCUCUUCGCCAAGCACAUGAAGGUCGCCGAGCAAGUCGAGUUCCUCAAGAACAAGAAGACUGGCAUCGGAAUUGGAACACCCGCUAGACUGAUAGAGCUGAUUGACAAUGGCGCCCUGUCCUUGGAAUACCUGGAGAACAUCAUUGUCGACGCCUCGCACAUUGACCAGAAGAAGAGGGGAAUCCUGGACAUGAAGGAUACCAUGUUGCCGUUGGCGCGGUUCCUGUCGCGCAAGGAGUUCAAGGAGAGGUAUGUGGCUGAUGAGAAGCCCAUCUCCCUGAUAUUCUAUUAG